GGCCCGCCUCUGUCUUCUAUCACGUCCUCGGUGGAGACUUAAACCUCCGUCAAUCCAGGAGCGGCACUGUUGAGCAGAACCCUGAACAGUAGUGAGUAUGUCUGGACGAGGCAAAGGAGGAAAAGGACUCGGUAAAGGAGGCGCCAAGCGGCACCGUAAAGUUCUCCGUGAUAACAUCCAGGGAAUCACCAAGCCAGCUAUCCGUCGUCUGGCUCGCCGCGGUGGAGUCAAGCGUAUCUCUGGUCUGAUCUACGAGGAGACCCGUGGUGUGUUGAAGGUUUUCCUGGAGAACGUCAUCCGUGAUGCCGUCACCUACACCGAGCACGCCAAGAGGAAGACGGUGACCGCCAUGGAUGUGGUGUACGCUCUGAAGAGACAGGGCCGCACUCUGUACGGCUUCGGAGGUUAAAGUCAGCGUUCAUGCAGCAAAACAAAGGUCCUUUUCAGGACCAC